AUGGUUUCUUCUCCAGACCAUUACGGGGCCAAAUGGGGGCCCCGGGGACAGGGACAGGAUGGCUACUUUUCUCACCGGCCGAAAGAGAAAGUGCGAACAGACAGCAACAAUGAGAACUCGGUCCCCAAAGACUUUGAGAAUGUGGACAACAGCAACUUCGCACCCAGGACUCAAAAGCAAAAGCACCAGCCUGAGUUGGCAAAGAAGGCCCCGAGUAGACAGACAGAGCUUUUGAAAAGGAAGCUGGAGCAGGAGGAGAAGGGGAAGGGACAUCCGUUCGCAGGCAAAGGCGCCACCGAGGCGCUGCCUCCUGGGGAGAAAGCCGCGGUGAACAGUAGCCGUGGGAAGGAUGCCCCAAGACAGCCCCACACCAGGAAAAGCGGGGGCGGCUCCCCCGAGCUCAAGUACGACCAGCCCCCCAAGUGCGACAUCUCGGGCAAAGAGGCCAUCUCCGCCCUGUCCCGCUCCAAGUCCAAACACUGCCGCCAGGAGAUCGGGGAAACCUACUGUCGCCACAAGCUCGGACUGCUGAUGCCCAAGAAGGUGACACGAUUCUGCCCCCUGGAAGGCAAAGCCAACAAGAACGUGCAGUGGGAUGAGGACUCGGUGGAAUACAUGCUGGCCAACCCAGUCCGAAUCGCCUUCGUCCUGGUGGUCCACGGCCGUGCCUCUCGGCAGCUGCAGCGCAUGUUCAAGGCCAUUUACCACAAAGACCACUUCUACUACAUCCACGUGGACAAGCGCUCUAAUUACCUGCAUCGGCAAGUGCUACAGUUCGCCAGACAGUAUGGCAACGUUCGCGUCACCCCCUGGAGGAUGGCCACCAUCUGGGGGGGAGCCAGCCUCCUGUCCACGUACCUGCAGAGCAUGCGGGACCUCCUGGAGAUGACUGACUGGCCCUGGGACUUCUUCAUCAACCUCAGCGCCGCUGACUACCCCAUCAGGACAAAUGACCAGCUGGUGGCAUUUCUCUCCCGAUACCGAGAUAUGAAUUUCCUGAAGUCACACGGCCGGGACAAUGCAAGGUUCAUCCGAAAGCAGGGUCUGGACCGGCUCUUCCUGGAGUGUGACGCCCACAUGUGGCGCCUCGGGGACCGGCGAAUCCCGGAGGGCAUUGCUGUGGAUGGAGGCUCGGAUUGGUUCCUGCUGAACCGGAAGUUUGUGGAGUAUGUGACAUUCUCCACAGAUGAUCUAGUGACCAAGAUGAAGCAGUUUUACUCCUACACCCUGCUUCCUGCUGAGUCCUUCUUCCACACGGUCCUGGAGAACAGCCCCCACUGCGACACCAUGGUGGACAACAACCUGCGCAUCACCAACUGGAACCGGAAGCUGGGCUGCAGGUGUCAGUACAAGCACAUCGUGGACUGGUGCGGCUGCUCGCCCAACGACUUCAAGCCGCAGGACUUCCACCGCUUCCAGCAGACUGCCAGGCCCACCUUCUUUGCCCGAAAAUUCGAAGCUGUGGUGAAUCAGGAAAUCAUCGGGCAGCUGGACUAUUACCUGUAUGGGAACUACCCUGCGGGCACCCCGGGCCUCCGAUCCUACUGGGAGAAUGUGUACGAUGAGCCGGACGGUACCCACAGCCUGAGCGACGUGGCGCUCACCUUGUAUCACUCCUUCGCCCGCCAGGGCCUCCGAAGGGCCGAGUCGUCACUGCACGUGGAAGGGGAGAAUAGCUGCCGGUACUACCCGAUGGGCCACCCAGCAUCUGUCCACCUCUACUUCCUUGCGGACCGCUUCCAGGGCUUUCUGAUCAAGCAUCAUGCCACCAAUCUGGCCGUGAGCAAACUGGAGACCCUGGAGACGUGGGUGAUGCCAAAGAAGGUCUUCAAGAUCGCAAGCCCGCCCAGUGACUUCGGGAGGCUCCAGUUUUCCGAGGUCGGCACUGAGUGGGAUGCCAAGGAGCGGCUCUUCCGUAACUUUGGGGGUCUCCUGGGGCCCAUGGAUGAGCCGGUAGGCAUGCAGAAAUGGGGGAAGGGCCCCAACGUCACCGUGACUGUCAUCUGGGUGGAUCCCGUCAACAUCAUCGCAGCCACCUACGACAUCCUGAUUGAAUCCACUGCCGAGUUCACCCACUACAAGCCCCCUUUGAACUUGCCCCUGAGGCCCGGGAUCUGGACAGUGAAAAUUCUUCACCACUGGGUGCCAGUUGCAGAGACCAAAUUCCUUGUUGCACCGCUGACCUUCUCAAACAGGCAGCCCAUCAAACCAGAGGAGGCGUUGAAGCUGCACAGCGGGCCCCCCCGCAGCGCCUACAUGGAGCAGAGCUUCCAGAGCCUGAACCCCGUCCUCAGCCUGCCCAUCAGCCCGGCCCAGGUGGAGCAGGCACGGAGGAACGCAGCCUCCACUGGCGCAGUGCUGGAGCGCUGGCUGGACUCUCUGGUAGGUGGCAUGUGGACUGCCAUGGACAUCUGCACCACAGGCCUCAGUGCCUGCCCCGUCAUGCAGCCCUGCAGCCAGACGGCCUGGAGCUCCUUCAGCCCCGACCCCAAGUCCGAGCUGGGGGCGGUCAAACCCGAUGGCCGGCUCAGGUAG